AUGCGCUCGGAUCAGGGCGCCGGCGACCCGCCUUCAGAAGAGGAGUAUCGGCUUACUGCAGUCGCCGGAGCCAGGCGAUCUUCCCGCCGGCUCCUGCGAGCUCCAACUACUCACCUGGCUCAGGGAGAGCUUCUAACCUGCAGAGCUCUCCUGGCUUCCUGCCAGUUCCUGUCCCCUGGCCGAGCUCCCCCGUCACCGGCCGCUCGGACGCCUCGGAGCUCCCCCGUCACCGGCCGCUCGGACGCCUCGGAGCUCCCCCGUCACCGGCCGCUCGGACGCCUCGGAGCUCCCCCGUCACCGGCCGCUCGGACGCCUCGGAGCUCCCCCACGACUCGGAGCUCCCCAACGCCUCGGAGCUCCCCCGUCACCGGCCGCUCGGUCGCCUCGGAGCUCCCCCACGUCUCGGAGCUCCCCCGUCACCGUCCGCUCGGACGCCUCGGAGCUCCCCCACGACUCGGAGCUCCCCCGUCACCGGCCGCUCGGACGCCUCGGAGCUCCCCCACGACUCGGAGCUCCCCCGUCACCGGCCGCUCGGACGCCUCGGAGCUCCCCAACGCCUCGGAGCUCCCCCGUCACCGGCCGCUCAGACGCCUCGGAGCUCCCCAACGCGUCGCAGCUCCCCCGUCACCGGCCGCUCGGACGUCUCGGAACUCCCCAACAUCUCGGAGCUCCCCGACGCCUCGGAGCUCCCCCGUCACCGGCCGCUCAGAUGCCUCGGAGCUCCCCGACGCCUCGGAGCUCCCCCAUCACCGGCCGCUCGGACGUCUUGGAGCUCCCCAACACCUCGGAGCUCCCCGAAGCCUCGGAGCUCCCCCGUCACCGGCCGCUCGGACGUCUCGGAGCUCCCCCGUCACCGGCCGCUCGGACGUCUCGGAGCUCCCCGACGCCUCGGAGCUCCCCCGUCACCGGCCGCUCGGACGUCUCGGAGCUCCCCCGUCACCGGCCGCUCGGACGUCUCGGAGCUCCCCAGUCACCGGCCGCUCGGACGCCUCGGAGCUCCCCUGUUACAGUCUGAUCAGAUGUCUCAGCUGGCUUCCUGCAAGCUUCCAGGCCCUGCAAACUCCCUGCAACAAGCUCCGCCUCCCGGCUGGAUUUUUCCCCACAAGCUCCGCCCCAUGA